GGUAUUCUGGAAGUUAACUUUUAUAUAAAUAAUUAGAAAUUGGUAUGAAAUGGAAGAAGAACUUAGUGAUCCACAUGAGCAGCAACUUUUUGCCGUCUUUAAGAGCUGUCUAGGAGAUGGGCAAAAUGAAUUAGAUAAAAAAGGCCUAUUAAUACUUUGCAGCAAACUUGAACUAGAAGAAAAUCAUAGAGAUGCAAUAUUUGAGUUACUUGAUAUAAAUGUGUUUCAGAGAACAAUUACAUUUUAUGAAUUUAGAAACAGUUUUCUUGCAUUAUUAGGUAAGUCACAAGAGGUACCAACAAAUAGGCCAGAAAAAGAAGUUCAUACUGAAUCAGAAACAUAUAAUAACAACACAAUGUGUACAUUAUAUAGUCAUCAAUCAAUAGAAAAGAAACAAGUAGAGGCCAUGAAACGUCAACAACUUCAAAUAGACAAAAAUUGUAGUCAACAAAGACAAGAAACAUGGAGUAAUCAGAAUUCUCUGAUAUUAGAAGAAAUAAAUAGUUUUUGUAAUAGGGGAUUUGUUCUUCCUAAGCAAACAAUUGAACUUAUUUUUAAAAAACUUGAUAUAGAUUGUGAUGGUUUAAUUAAUCUUGAAGAAUUUUUACAUUUUUUUCAAAGUACCAAUAAUACAUUAUUGGAACAAACAAAUGUAAAUUGGUCUACUUAUUUACAUGGAGAUCACGUUAAGUCAGAUUGUUGUAAACAAUUUGUUUAUGAUCAUUCUGGAUACAUGUUAAGAAGUGUCAUAGUUGACUUAUGGGAAGUAACUGGAGUGUCUGAAGCUAAUUCGCUUUUGCUUGACUUAGGAUUUGAUGCCCCAACAAUUAAUCUUAUUGACUUAUUAAAUGCUUUAUCAUCAGAGCUAAAACUAUAUCAUAAUGAAUCUCAUACAGAAAGUGUAGAAGAAUAUGUACGUUUAUUAAAAGGAACUUUAACGGUUUAUCAAGAGGAAGUUAAAAACUUAAAUAUUUCCGUGGAGCAUCUAUACUGUGAACGUAACAAGUUGCGCGCAGACAUCAAUGAAGCGAAUGAAAGAGCAAAUCUUUUUGCCCAAGAAAUCGACGAACAUCAAAUACGCAUGGAUAAAUCUCGCCAGGAACAACUCCGACAGUUAGAUAUUAAACAUACUGAAGCACUUAAAGAACUAACAAAACAACUGCACCUCGAACGUGAACGCAGUUCGAGCGGUUUAAGAUUAUUAGAAGAGCAAUUGCUUUCAUCUCAAUUUGAAGAGCAAAGAAUCAGAGAUGAACUGACGACGGUAUUACAGGAUCUUAGAUUACUAGAAACUGAAAAUCAGAAUCAAAAUGAAGAGAUUAAGAAGCUUGAAGCUUGUAAUGGUCAACUUUCAUUGCAGAUUCGACAAUUGGCAGUUGCACAAGAUCAGGUAGAAAGCAUUGAAACAAGAGAAAAUGAACAACUUUCUAAAUUAAUGUCUGAUAUUAAGCAUCUCCAAACGGAGACAAAAAUCUUAAGAGACCAUAAUGAUGAGCUUACAAUUGAAUUAGAAAUAUUAAAACAUCACGAUGAUAUGAAAAGUAUUGUGUCCAGUGUAGAAAUAAGAUCUACAAUAUCAGAUGAAAAUUAUGGUUUAAUUAGUAUUCCAACAACAGAAAUAAGUGAUACAGAAGAUGAAGACAAGCAACAACAAUAUCAGUAUUCGGAUAAUUCUAAAACAAAUAAAGUAACAAAUGUGGUUAAAUAUAAAGUUGUUGAAUAUGAGAGUAGUAAUAGUAAUAGUAUUAAUAAAUUAACGGAAAUUAUUCAAGAAUUUAGAAAUUUUCUUACUAGCGCAAAAUUCUGUACGGAGUGUUCUGUACUUCGAAACGAAGUAUCCUCUUUGAUUAGUGAAUUAGAAUUUUAUCAAUCUAAUGUAUUGGAAAUAACAGCAACACCAAAAUUUACAAAAAAAAAAAAACAUUUAAAAAAUCUAGCAAAUGAACUAGAAGCAGAAGUUAAAAACAAUCAACACUUAAGUGAAUCAUGUCGAGACUUAAUUAUCACUAGAAAUGAAAAACUCAAGCAUUAUAAAAGAAUCUCUAACAGUGAUGAUACAACGCAUAAUGUACCGGAUGGUAAUCUCGAUAAUAUGGAGAUGAAAUGUAUCAUCAAAAAUAAAUUGUCUGGGUUGAGAGAUUAUCCACCACGAAAAGAAUUGGAAAGAGAUAAAAGCAUUUGUAAAGCAAGUGUUAUUAAUAAUUUGGAUAUAAGAAAGCAUAAUAUUGAAGCUACUGAGUUACUGAGAGAAGAAGAAUCAAAGCAUAUAACUGAAAAAAAACAGUUAGUUGACAGGUGUAGUGAAUUAGAAAAAAGUUUAGAGAUGUUGAAAGCUGAGUACGAGCAAUGCGAAGAUUACUGGGCGGCGAAGCUUGAAGAAGAGCGCGAGCAAGAACAAAAAAUAAGUGACGAAAAGUUUGCGGAAUUAAUAUCAAAAAUGGCCGAAUAUGAAGAACAAUUCAAUGCGGGUGAUAAAUCGCGAGAUGAUGGUAGACUUUCACCUAUUGAAGAACGGAUUAACCUUGAACAGCAGUAUCAGGAUCUCGAGGAAGAGUUUGAACGUUGGCGAUCUAAUGCUCAGAGUGAGCUAGCGAAGAAAUGUCGCGAAAUCGAAGAGCUCAAUACAAAAUUGCGUAGUGAAAAUUCUUCGUCACUCACAGAUUUCUCGGUACAAUUUCCUGAUGAACAGAUGGAUUUAUAUUUGAAGAAUGGGGCUAUGGAUACUGACAGUUCUUAUAAGAAUAAUUCACAGUUAUUGAAAAAAACAAUAUUGCGUUCAACGUGUUACUGUAUACAGUGCCAUAAAUUAAUGGCGCAAAGUAAUUGUAAUUGCUGUAUUGAUACUCAACAUCAACAACAACAUCGAGAUAAACGAAAGAGUCGAAAAACCGAGGACAAAGAAAAACAUUGUAGUCAUAAAAAACUAAUAGAUAUCAACCUCGAGUACAGUAAUCUUAUUAAAGAGAAGGAAAAACUUAAACAAGAUAUUAUGAAACUGCGGAGCCUUAGGAAUGUAAAUACAAAUCAUAUUUAUCACCUUGGCACUGAAGAUCAUUUGUCUAAUUUGUGUGCAAAGUUAUGUCUUCAAGAACAGAAGCAUAAAUAUUUUCAAAUAUUCUAUCAAACUCAGCAAAAAGAUAAUGAGCGAAUUCUACAAGGAAUGUGGAAACAACAUCUUCUAGAAACAUCAAAUUUACGAUUUGUUAUCAAAACAACUGAAGAAAAACUUAAUGAGCAAAUAAAAUUAAACAAAGAGCAGAAUGAAAAAUUAACGAAAGCCGAUUUUUUAACUAAGGAAUUGUAUGUAGAAAAUGCUCAGCUGUCUGAAACAAUCAAGCGUCUGGAUCAACACUGCCAAAUUCUUACAAAAAAUCGUAUUGAACCAUCCUCAGCUUGACUGCAAAAACCAAAUUUUUAUCAGACAAUGCAUUACUGUACAUUAGUUGGGAUGUGUAUCUCAGGGAUCAAAAUGAUUUAUUGAUAGUGAAAAGAUAAAAUGAAGUAUUUAAUGAUUUAAAGAUAUAAUUGUCAAUUUAUUCUUAGUUUCUAUUCGUUUAUUUGUUGCCCUAAAUAUGUAGUAAUGUAUGAAAGAAAUACUUGUAUAAGAUUGAAAGCGAAAAUAUUUUGUUAGAGUAUCAAAGGCAGCAGUGUUCAUUUGUAUAACUUAUAGAAAGUGUAAAAGUAAAUUAGUAUAAAUUACUGUAAAUCAUUUAAUACUAUGAAAAAUCUAUGCCAUUUUUCAUAAGUCAAUAUGAUUCUUUAUUUACUUAGUAAUAAGUAUAUAAGAAUUAAUAAAAUACUCUUCCAAGA